UCAGGUUUGAAGUUUUUACCAUUCAUCACUGCUGCAGAAAGAAAGAAAAACAGGCAGGUGUAGCACUUUGAGAGCAGACAGAGUCUCUUCACUGAUCACACUAUACACAGAGCUGAGGUAACCACAUGCAGAGUUGUGGGAAGGGGAGGGCGAUGAAGGAGCAGCCAUGAAACAUCAGUUCAACUGUUUCACAAGAAAACUGAAAGUGCAUUAAAUACCAGCAAGGGCAGGAUGACAAGGAAGGCUGCCGUACAACCGUUACUUGAAUUUUGAAAUACUAAAUACUCUGCACGUUACAUCAAGAAAUUUCUUGAGGAUGUAUCUCUGAGGAGCGUGAGAGCUUCCUAUUUUUUUUUCUUUUCUUUUCUUAUUUUGGCCUCUUAAGCAACUUUUGGCGCUGUGUGGAAAGGAAGAGCUCAAGACAGAAGAUUGCAACAUGUGGACAAAUUUGCUAAUAGUGUAGAGGAGAAGGGGCUCGUGAACUUACUGAAACAACCCAACACAUGGCAGUUUGCACUCCAGUUAAUGGGACAACAGCCAUCCCAUGGAGGAGCAGCAGGAGGAAACUGUCGCUGCUGGAGCAGCUGAGAAGCUGUCAAGAGGCCUGGUGCCCCGGGGGACCCUGGGAUAGAGAGGGGGCCCACGCUGCUAUCUGUGGAACACCUGCUGGGAGUUUCCUGGUUGUGCGGGACUCUGCGACGUCUGAGCCCAGCCUGCUGUGUGUGUCUGCUGGAGGAGAGAAUGAAACCAUUGUGGAUUACACUAUCAAAAGCACAGGCACAGUGUUCCAGCUGUCAGGGUCUCGCCUUUCUUUCUCUGACUUGGCUCAACUGGUGCUCUUCUAUUCUCUGACAAGGGAUGUGUUGGCUGUUUGUCUGUUGAUUCCUCAGUGGAUCUACAGUGUAACUGACAGGAACAAAGAUCGUCUCUCUCAACUUGAACCCAAAACUUGGCUCUGCUCACCACCUGAUCAACAGACUGAUGAAAUGACCCACACGGAGCCAAGCACUGCCAUGUGCUCCAUACAGCUGACUUCCACCAAUGGGGCCCUGUGUGUCAUCAAUCCCCUCUACCUUCGUGAACAUGGAGAUGAUUGGCUGACCCGCAGGACGAGUACUAUGCAGUGCGCCACACAACCCUCAAAUUACAAGCGAGAGCGACGCCUCAGCACCACUCGAACAUGGGCAGGGGCGGGCAUUCAAAGUAAACGGACCAUCUCAUUGGACCAGGAACCCUCUGCUGCCAGUAUGGAGAGUCCUGGUCUAACCAGAGCCUGUUCAGCUGAUUCACCUAAUGUCCCUCCAACCCCAACACCAGCUACUCCAACAGGGGUGGUCUUCAGGAGGCCUAGCCGAGAUUCUACGCACAGCCCCACAGACAGAACAAGCUUGGGGAGCCUGCCUCCAUCUACUCCCACCACCCCCUUGGAGCUGAAGCGCAAUAGCAGCCCCGUGCCUCAGUCUCCUCACAGGGUGUCCUGGAUUGAAGAUGGAGUCUGGCUACCCCCACCUAGGCCCUCCUCCUUGCUCCAGCCCCCGUCUCUCGAGCUUGACUCGCUGUCAAUCAGCAGCAUAGAGGAGGAGCAGGAGUUCCUAAGUCCGAGCCCUACACCCCACUACACGUCAACUCAUCGUUUGGCUGACAAGGUCAUACAUCGGCUCUCUGCAGUGGGCCAGGCGCUCGGCGGGCUGGUGAGUCAGAAGAAAAGACUGACCAAUCGUGUGCAAGAACUUAGCGAGCGGAAAGGCGCUGCGUUCGCUGAAGCUGUGAAGGGAUUUGUGGAGAUGACACUGAGGAGGGCAGCUGAUCCAGAUGGGGUCACAGGGUCAGAGUUUCUUCAGGAAGUGAGGUCAUCAUUUACAUCACUGAGGGAGACACUGCUGGACUAUCCAGAAAUCCAUGCAUUGUUGGACAGCAUUACUGAUCUAAGUGACUCAGAGAUAGACUCGUUGGUGGAGCUCUCCCUCCACAAGGUGGCUCUGAAGCCUGUCUCCAACCACCUCUACUCCUACAUUCACACCUCCCACAUUAAUGAUGGCAGCUUGGAGCGUCUCCAGAGCAACCUGCGUGUGCUGGAAAAGAAUGGGGUGGAGGAGCUGGGGGGGUCAGCAGGAGUUGGAGUUCCUGACUCUGUCAGCCUGGAGCGGAUCCAGCAGAGGUGGACUUUAAUGCACGAAGCCUACUCUCCAAACAAGAAGGUCCAGAUCCUGCUCAAAGUCUGCAAGAGCAUCUAUCACAGCAUGAGUGCCAAUGCUAGCUCAGGUACAGUGUUUGGAGCAGAUGAUUUUCUGCCCUGCCUGACAUGGGUGCUGCUCCGUAGCAACGUGGUCACCUUACAGCAAGACACGGACUACAUGAUGGAGCUGCUGGACCCCACACAGCUACAGGGAGAGGGUGGCUACUACCUUACAACUCUAUACGCCUCCCUCUACUACAUCAGCAGUUUCCGUCCACGACUGGCAGCUCGUCAGCUUAGCGUGGAAGCCCAAAACUCUCUUAACCAGUGGCAUCGCAGGCGCACCCUGCACUGCAACCAGAAUCGUCGCAGCAAGCAUCGACGGACCAUUCGCAGGCAGAGGGGGUCGCAGAACUGUGAGACAGAGACUGGGAGUAAAGAGGAAAGUGGAAAAGAAACUGAUUCUGUUGAUACUGAAGAGUCACAGCAGCAGAUGGAAAGCAGCCAAGAGACUCUGCAGCCACUGAGAGAGGAGACAGGUACAGAACAAGGAGAUAAGAACCAAUCACAGACGUUUACUCCGGCAUCAGACUGUCACCAGGAAGAGGUAAUAAGGAGCAAACAGGAAGACAGACAGACUCUGUGUACAGCACAAGGAGAGAACCAGAGAGAAUUGUAAUGAGAGUUGGUGCUCCCCGAGGAGUCUCAGGAUAAACCUGAAGGGUCAUAAGAUGAUUCAAAAGCUAAAGCUAUAUUUUUCUUAUGAAGUUUCUCAAAUUUUAGCUUUAUUUGUAGAUUUUUUUUUUACCUCAGGGCCUAAAAACCUAUCAAAUGAAACAUUCAGGGAAGCAAAUAUGACUCUGUCCUUAAACUGGCCUAAAAGAGUCCAGAUUUAAUGGUCAAAAGAGAAGAGUUUAUACAAAGAUUGACAUGUCUGUUUGGGAACCAUGCAUCACAGCAUUUCCCUCGGCUUACUUGAGUCAUUUAUAUCUAAUAACUCAACACGCUGACCAGUUAAUUAUAAUUUGCCAGUCAUCAGCCGUCAAUCCACCUUUUCCUCAGAAAUGUGGAAAACAAAUAAGUUUAGAAGUUGUACUUGGCACUUGAGUUUUGUCACAGCUUAUUGUUUAAUUCAUGUUUUAUUAAGGUUUGGAGGCUAUUAACUUUGGAAUUCUUUAUGUUGUUUAAUUUAAACUAAUGUCAUUUUAAAUGUGUAAAUAUAUUAAUAUAAAAAUAAUAAUCUGCAAAGAGAGUAAAGUAAUGCAGUCA